CAAUGUGCGCCAUUUUAGUUCGUCGCAGUGUCGUCGUUGGGCCCGCGUUGGUGCUCUGAAGGAGCCCCAAUUUCCAAGCUCAAACCUUAUCUUCUUUUUUUUUCUUUUUCCUGUUAUUUGAAUUUCCACGGCAUUCUUCACCACCUACAAGAAUAUACGUCUCACGUACGCAGUCUGCACUUUAAGACACCGUUAAGAUUUACAGAUUUAAGGCGGUUACUAACCAGAACCACGGCGGUAGCCAUGAUCACCAGAAAAAGAGGAAGAAACGGCCUUAAUGUCACAUGUACAAGUGCCUCCCACGAGAGUGAUGUUGCUUUAAAAACUGGUAAUGCGAGUGAUGCAAGCACGCACACUUCUCCAGAAAGUGACACCAAUGAUUGGGGCCUGGAUGAGCUGUUUGGCUCUGAUUUCAACUGGGACCUGGACAACGAUGUGCUUGAUUCUUUCAGCAACUUUGAAACGCAUACAUUGACCAACGACAAGACAGAUCAGAAUCUGGUGGCAGAUGUUUCCUCAUCCCGCCACAGAGGUGGGGUCCACAGGUCAAAACUGCAAGGUGUCUCCGAUCGAAUUAUCAACAAGAACGCCAUGGCGGCAAGGAUGAACCGUUUGAAGAAGAAAGAGUACGUCAGUGGCCUGGAGCAAAGAGUUGGCUCGUUGACGUCAGAGAACCGGAUUCUCAAACAGGAAAAUGGAAACCUCAGUGAGAGAGUGGAAGAACUGGAGAAUGAAACUAGGUACUUGAGAGCCGUGUUGGCUAAUGAGAGCAUGCUGGCACAGCUGUUGUCUAGAUUGAGCGGUGUGAACGGCAUGAAAUUUUCUAACUCGCUUUUCCAGGAGUCCAACAAGAACGAACACGAUUAUGCCAUGCCGAGGAAGAGGGUGAAGGUGGAAGACAAAGAUACUGCAGGUGGCAUCUGCCUGCAUGUGGACAAAGACCAUGUCUCAGUGGAAUUCUGCACCAAGUGUGCAGAGAGUUCAAGCUUGUCGCAUAAAAUGUAGGGUCAAGUAUUUUACCUUUUCAGCGUUUCACGAGACUGAGCUUUGCACGAUUAAUGACUAUUGAGGGGACAUGAUGACAAUAGUUGUCAAAUGUAGAGUUAACUGUUUAAAUGUGUGCAGGUCUUGAAUGGCAUGACUGUGGAAGCUGCUUUCAAUACAAGUUACUGCUAAACUUGUUGACAGUUUUUUUCUAGGUGCUUGGUCCGCCAUGCUGGAUGAGCGCAUCACAGAACAUCAUAGACUGCCGAAAACCAUGUGGAUUUUGCUGUGGGGGAAAGCAGAAGAGUCGGGACCAGCACCUUGCAUCAUGGCCCUGGUAAAUUUAAAAAGGUAGUACAUGAGUGUAAGUUACCGCUUUUACUGGCUCUCCAUCACACCCCAAGACAUCAGAUGUUGUCUGGCUAAGUUAGCAUCUAAGUGAGUGUUUAAACUCCUGUUCUUAAUGAUUGCUUGCACAACAUCUGUGUCAUUUGUGAUUCUUCAUGUUAUGGAAAGCACUUGGGCUUUAUUUCACAGUAGUCCACAUAAACAGAAUAUUGUAUGUUCAGAAACAGGAUUUUCAAAGGCUUAUGAUUUCUGAAAAGUAGUAAUCUAUAUGUAAGAUGGAAUGGAAAUCCAAAGACUGUGGAGGCCCAUGGCUACAGCUGUUUUGAAAUAAAUUGUAAUAAAUUUUGAUUGUUUGAACACUCAUGAGUAAUGUACAUUGUGUCCCAAAAGUAUUAACUGUACUUUCCUUCUCUUUUUAGACAGCACUUUCUUCGCUCUCUACAAGAGCCUUAUCUUACCUCUCCUCAAAGUGGAGAAAGUGGUGAUGAUUUCUCCCCAUUAAAUACAAUCUAUAUGGCAGAAUUUAUUUUAAGAGAUGGUUCAGCCAUAAAUUAGUAUCGCCAUUUAUUCAUCUUUAUGUUGUUCUAAACCCGAAUGACAGACUCUCUUCCGUGGAACACAAAAGGAGAUGUUAGGCAGUAUUUUAGGAACUGACAGACAACAUUCACCAUUCAAGUGAAAGACCCCAUUCCAUUGAGAGUCCUAUUCUGUCUUGUGGGUUUGGAACAACAUGAAGGUAAGUAAAUGAGGCCAGAAUUACAUUUUUAGAUGAACAAUGCAUUUAAGGGCUCCAUUAGUGACAUGAGCCACUAUACAAAUGAACUGCUAUUUUGUCUGCUAAAGGUCUUUUAUUGGUAACAUUUCUCUGAUGUUGCAGAUCAACCAAAGCAGUUCUGAAAUGUUUAUCUAGCAGGGUUUCCAUCAAAAUGUUGCACAUUUCUGAAAAUUCUACUAAAAUAUAGUCGUUGUAUGUAUCCUUCCACUACAUCAUGCGCAUUGAGGGAGCCCACCAUGUCAAUGUAGCAGUUGAAUGACCUCUUGCCUCUGGGAGAGUUCUAUUUGCAGGAUUGGAGCAAUUGUACCUUGAUUUAUUAAAUGCUGCCUGGAGACAGCACAGAAAAAUUACAAUAUCUGAUAUGAGUGCUGAAAUGGCUGCUGCGACCACGCUGCCAGUCCGCAUACCUGGAGUGCCCCUGCUCAACUGUUCUGGUGGAUUUUGUGGACCCACUGUUAACGUCCAGCUGUGGGUUAAACCCUUCCGAUAGCUAUGUUUGAAGAAAUGUUUGCCACGGUCUGACUUUUCAUUUAGACUGUCACAUCAAGCUAUUGCACACACAUAACAUGUGCACAAAUGAUCAAAACACGUCAUUGUUUUGCGAAUUGCACCUUAAUGUGCAUUUUAACUAAUGCAAAACUCUGUACAAUCCACCUACUCCAAGCGCAUUUACAUUUUAAGCUGAUUUUGAGAAUGUAUUCGCGUCUCAAAUGAUUCUAUUCAGGAUUUCUUAUUCACAAUUUCAAAAUGCUCAAAUUGUUGGAUGAAAACCCAGCUACUGUUGUUGAUGCAUUUUUUUUGUUUCAAGGAUUCCAUAUUGCAGUCCACAUGAAUGGCACCAUUAUCAUAUUGAAUCCUUUGGCCAACAAUGGAAUUAUUAUUUUUUUUUUCCUGUGUCUUAUCGAUCCCACCCCCAGGUAGGUAAGACACAGGAGUACUCCAAGUAGUCUCCAAACAAAAGUAAAAGAUGACACAGUAAUUUGCUUAUUUCUACCCUUACAUUUCAGAAUUGUUUUGGUUCAUAAUUGUGGUUGGGGAUUGGAGUGUGCACAAACGCACUUAAUUCUUAAUGUUGCAGUAUUGGGAAAAGUGCACUUGUAGCCCAGUUGCUAACAGUAUCUAAUCAAUGUAAAUGUUCUCCAUAUUAUAAUUUGGUAAGUUGAACACUGACAAAAGGGCAUUGACAUUUAACACCACUGUUUAUCCACUCUACUUUCUUGCGCACACAAAAUAGUAGUUUCAUGAGCAUACUGUAGCUCUAGUUAAGGUUUUGUUUUAUCUUGGUAACAUCUAUAAUGUCGCUGUGGUUUACAUUACCAUUCUAAAGUUAAGUGCUGUGGUAUUUUUGUCUUUGAAAAAAAAAAAAAAAGUUGUACACCAAUGGUACUUCUAACAUUUUUAAGGAUUGCAGUAUAGACUAUUAUGUAACAAAUUACUUUCUAUUUAAUUAAAUGCUGUAUUCAAACUUCGUUCAUCCAAGAAUCCUCCAUGGCAUUGUAGUAGUCAGUCUAUUCUAUUCUACAGGUGCGGUUUCAUCCCAUGCUAUAUGUAGCUCUUCCCAAAUAUGUAACUGGUUUGUACCAUAGUUGUAGCUGUUUUUAGAGAAAAGUUUCUUUUCUUUUUUUGGCCAGUUUUCUAACCAAAAUUAGACUUGGAAGUGUAAGUGACUUUCAGGAAAUGAAAAAGGACACUGUAUUGUGAGCUCCACACUUUAUUAAGCAGCAAAACAUUUUCAACUACAAAAAAGAUACUAAAUUACCACGUUAAAAUAAUUUAAGGAUUAGGUGACUUUUCUCUGUAGACUGAAGUAAUAACUGUUGAAAAAUGCAUCCUUGGAGAACAGAAGCAUCAAUUUAUUUAUUUUUUUUAGGAACAAAUGUCUUGGUGAUUCUAAACUUUUUAAAGAUUGUUGAUGUCCUAAGAAUAUUAAAUUGUUGAAGGGAACUGCAUUAAAU